GUACAACAAAAAUAGGCUUCGAUAAGAUCGUAAAUUGAUAGCAUCUUUACCAUCGCCUGAGUGGCUACACGCUGUGAUACGCGACUAUCUAGCUAUUAACAUCGUAUGUACGAAUAUAAAAAUGAAGUCAUUCUAUAUGGAACAAACAGUACAAACUUUGCUGUUUAACUUGACGACAUUUACGGCCGCUACCGCUUAACUGCCCCGGGACAACUCUAACUGGCAACUGGUUCUAAAACAUUUUCCCAACGAAUAUGAAUCGCUUCUACGCCAUCGGUUUACUGGCGCUCUUCGCCAUCAUCGCCACCAGUGCUAAUGCUGCGUCGGUUAAUGUUUGCGAGGGUGUUUCCGAUAACAUUUUUAUUGCGGAUGUAACAAACUGUUCCAACUAUUACUACUGCAACAAUGGUCAAGCUAUCGCACAGCAAUGCCGGGACAGUUUGUACUUCAAUGCGGCCUCACAAUCGUGUGUAGCAACAAGCUCUGGCUGCUUGACAUGUGAUAAGGAUGUAUUGAAUUCAACUGCGCUGAUCAAAACUUGCAACAAAUAUGUGCUCUGUUUCGCUGGCACGCCUGUUCUGCAACAAUGUGCUGACAAUUUGCAAUACAACCCCAACUUACGUGCAUGUGAUUUGCCAAGGAAUGUUGAUUGUGCUGCAGAUCGCUGCUCCAUUUACCAAGAUCCUCAAAAUAUUGUCUACGUUCCCAGCGUAUCGGCUUGUAACAAAUAUUUUAUCUGCAUGAAUGGCUUGCCUCAAAAUCAAUCCUGCGUCUCUGGUUUGUACUUCAGCAGCGAUUGUAAUUGCUGCGACUUGCCUGCCAACGUUAAUUGCACAAUUUCCAAAAGUAGUUCACGAUCUGUUUCCUUGCAAACAGCGGCUAUGAUCGCUCCUCGUAUGGUUGACAUCAAAUGCCCUAUUGAAGGUAUUAAUUUCCUUGCCCACCGCAAUCCCAAUCAGUACUUCAUGUGCGUCAAUGGUAAGGGUGCUCUCAUGACCUGUGCAGCGAGUCUGUACUUUGACAAGGAAGUUGGUGCUUGCCGUCGUUUAGAAGACAUUCAAAAGAAGCAUUGACAUUUUUCGUGGUUCAACAAAUGCAAUUCAUUGCAUACAUAUACCAAGGUGCAUUAGAUUUUUGUGGUGUGGGUAAAUCGGAUAUUUUUGCAACAUAAAAAUAUUUAA